AACAAAAGGUUUCCCAGUCGCUGAGUAAUUUUUACACUUACAAGUUGAGAUUAUAAAAAGAAAGUAAAGAGAUGGAAAAGCGUUCCACAUCCACUAUGCAGGUUCUCUAUGCAGAACUGGCAGCCGCAAAGGCUCGAAGUGCCCAGCUGGAGGAAGAGAACAUUCUGCUGCGCCAUCGCCUAAAUCGCGCAUCAGCUAAUCACAGUACAAAUGCAGCAAUUAAUGUGGAGGCCAAAAUCCUGGCUUUUCAAUUGGAGGAGGAGCGCGAUCGUCUGGUGGAAACUUUACAGAAACAUAAGAAAAAGUAUAACAAACUGCAUGAUGCCUAUUUGGAGAAGGUAAAACGUUGUAGGGCUUUGGAGGAGAUGUUUAAGCGACAGAAAACACUAACAGGAUUGGUAAUGAAAUCAGCUCUUGAUCAACGAAAUGCAGAGCAAAAAAUGAUGAUCGAAAAGCGACAAUCGGCCCAAGGCGAUCUCAAUGAAUUGCAAGAAUUAAAGGCCAAAGUAGAGAAGCUACAAAGAGCCUUAGAUGAGUCAUACGACAUUAUUGAUGAAAUGGAUUUUGAAUUGGAAAGCGUGGAUUUAUUGGAAAUGCAAAACCAAAGUUUGCGGGAUGAGUUGGCUGCUCUAAAGAUUAAAACAGAAGAAGGAGCUACCAGUUUGGCAGCUUCAGUUCCAGAUGAUGAUGAUCCUCCACCAAAAUAUGAGGAGGACUUUCCUGGAGCUCAUAGUAAAGCAAGGCUCGCUCGUCGGUCUUCUUCAAGUAGCGAAGAAGGACCAAAAGAUGAUGAUGCCGAUGCAGAAACUAUGGAAAGAGCUGCUUUAACCCAUAGUCUUAUACAAACGGUUGAAACCGAGAGCAACGCCUUGAGAAGAGAACUUCUAAGAUCUCGCUGCCAAAGAACAAUACGCGCCAAGUUGGAGAAAGAAAGUGAAGCUGCUGAUUAGUAUAAUAACAGAUCAUAGAGAAAAGCACCCAAACUCAAGCUGAUGAAAUUGAUCACCAGACUUACGCACAUACCAAAUCGAAGAACCCCGCUGGCGGUCUAGUUGGUCCGACUAACUAACCCAGAUUUACAGCCAGCUCCGCCUAACAAGUGCACAUACCACAGAUUGCUUUUAAGGUUCGAAGAAACACGCUUUGCGGCUGCCUCAAAUCAAAACUUUUGAGAUAGAGUAACCUGGUUUUUCGGGCUCAACGCCAAAAAGAAACUCGUCUAAUGGCGAUUAAUUAAAAUAUUUGUUAAUGGCAUCAAACGGGUUGUGGCCAUAUCGCUCAAAGGAUUUGGCCUCCGAUCCAUGAAGGUUCCAACCCCCAACACACGCCCCCCAUUUCCAUCUACUAUCUCAAUUGGCGAGCUAUCCAUUAAAACAGCACAAUUAUUUUUAUGACUUAAUGCAGCCGGAGGCCUUGUUGCCCAAUGCCUAAUGUUGCAAAUUAUUGACAAAGUAAAUUAAUCUGCACAUUUGUUGGUCGGACCAGACAGACUAGCGCGACACCUCUAAGAUCACUAAGCUCUCCCACUUGCGGCAUAUUCAGUUGGAUACUUAUCGUAAUAUGCAGUGAGGAAUAAUAUUUCAACCUUCAAGUAUUUAUAAAAAUAAUUAAAAAUAAUAAGGUCAAGGGAUUCAACUAGAUUUGGGUAAAACAUCUUCAAUUUAUUAUAUUUAAUAUUGUUUAAAUAAUGGUUUAAAUAGUUCAUACUUAUAUAAUUAUAAAAUAUAAUGCAACGAUUUUAUAUAUUUAGCUUUGUAAACCUUAUCAAUUUUCAAUCA